GCUUUGGGGCAGUGGCCGCGGCUCGGCCGCCGGAACGCGCACACACCACGCCACGCUCGGCGGCAGCGACCCGCGGCCCGCGCCGGCCCGGGGCACGCGGAUUGUGCGCGCCAGCAGCCGGGCGCCGCGGCCCGGGCCCUCUCGCACUCGAAGUGAAACACGAUGUGAAGCCUGGGCCGCGAGAGGCGCGGAAACGGGAGAGAAGCUCCGGACGACGCUCGGCCGUCUGGCCACGGAGGGCCGGUCCGGCGGGGGCGGAGCCCGAGGCCGGGCGGAGGAGGAGGGCCAUGGCCAACCGCGAGGAGCCACGCGCUCCCCGCCCCCAGCCCCCCCUGCCCGCGGCCGGGGACCCGCCUGGCUCCGGCCCCGGCCAACUCCGCCCGGAGCCCCAGCGCAGCGCGGCCCCCGAGCGGCCGGGCCGGGGUCGGACCGAGCGCGCCCCGCCCACGCGCCCACCCCCCGGCCGCGCCAGCCCCGCGGGGGGCCUCGGUGCCCCGGCUGCGCGCGGCGCCUGGGUCCCAGCCCGCGCUCCCUGCGCGCUCGCCCUCCCCCCCUCUGUCCCCUCCCCCUUUCCAUCUUCCUUUUACUUCUGGCCGCCGCCCCCGCUGCCCCCUCCUCCUCUCGUCCCCUCCUCAUCUGCCUGCCGCCUCCCCGCGCGGCUCCCGGGAAGGGAGGGCGCAGCGGCGGCUGGAGGAGGCGGCGGCGAUGCUGGCGGCGGCGGACCGGAGGCAGCUCCCCUGAGCGUCCCCCCCGGCGGCAGUCCCCGUGGCGGCGGCGGCAGCGGCGGGCGGCGGCCCCUCCUCUCCCCGGCGCUCCUGGGUCUGCUGCUCCCGGCCCGCGCCGGGCCCCGCCUGCCGCCGCCGCCCCGGCUCCCGCCCGGCCCCUCCGCCCGCCGCGCGGGCUCCGCGGGCUUCCCGGGCCCCGGCCCCGGCGCGGGAGGUGGCGGCCAGAACCCGCGGCGGCCCCGAGGCGCAGGCUUCGCCCUCGCCGCCGCGGCCCCGCUGCGCUUCGGCUCCGACAUGGAAAAUGGACCUUCUAACAACACGAGCUGCUUCCGAAGGCUGACGGAGUGCUUCCUGAGCCCCAGUUUGACAGAUGAAAAAGUGAAGGCAUAUCUUUCUCUUCACCCUCAGAUAUUAGAUGAAUUUGUAUCUGAAAGUGUUAGUACAGAGACGGUAGAGAAAUGGCUGAGGAGGAAGAACAACAAAGCAGAAGAUGAGCCGGUGCCUAAGGAAGUCAGCAGGUACCAGGAUACGAACAUGCAGGGAGUCGUGUAUGAACUGAACAGCUACAUCGAGCAGCGGCUGGACACGGGCGGGGACAACCAGCUGCUGCUGUACGAGCUGAGCAGUAUCAUCAGGACAGCCACAAAAGCGGAUGGAUUUGCACUGUAUUUCCUUGGCGAGUGCAAUAAUAGCCUGUGCGUGUUCACGCCCCCUGGCAUCAAGGAGGGCAGACCCCGGCUCAUCCCCGCGGGGCCCAUCGCCCAGGGCACCACCACCUCCGCCUACGUGGCCAAGUCCCGGAAGACGCUGCUCGUGGAAGACAUCCUUGGGGAUGAACGAUUUCCGGGAGGCACUGGACUGGAAUCAGGGACGCGGAUCAAGUCCGUUCUCUGUUUGCCGAUUGUCACGGCGAUUGGCGACCUGGUGGGCAUCCUGGAGUUGUACCGGCACUGGGGCAAGGACUCCUUCUCUAUGCGCCAGCAGGAGGUGGCGACAGCGAACCUCGCCUGGGCGUCGGUCGCCAUCCACCAGGUGCAGCUCUGCAGAGGCCUCGCCAAGCAGACUGAGCUGAAUGAUUUUCUCCUCGAUGUAUCAAAAACGUAUUUUGAUAACAUCGUCGCCAUAGACUCUCUGCUGGAGCACAUAAUGAUCUAUGCCAAGAACCUGGUGAACGCCGACCGCUGCGCCCUCUUCCAGGUGGACCACAAGAACCAGGAGCUGUACUCCGACCUCUUCGACAUCGGGGAGGUGAAGGAGGGCAGGCCCGUCUUCAAGAAGACCAAGGAGAUCAGGUUUUCCAUUGAGAAAGGGAUUGCUGGCCAGGUAGCGCGGACGGGGGAGGUGCUGAACAUCCCGGAUGCCUACGCAGACCCGCGCUUCAACAGGGAGGUGGACCUGUACACGGGCUACACCACACGCAACAUCCUGUGCAUGCCCAUCGUGAGCCGGGGCAGCGUGAUCGGCGUGGUGCAGAUGGUGAACAAGAUCAGCGGCAGCGCCUUCUCCAAAACGGACGAGAACAACUUCAAGAUGUUCGCCGUCUUCUGUGCGUUAGCCCUGCACUGUGCCAACAUGUACCACCGGAUCCGCCACUCGGAGUGCAUCUACCGCGUGACCAUGGAGAAGCUGUCCUACCACAGCAUCUGCACCGCCGAGGAGUGGCAGGGCCUCAUGCGCUUCACGCUGCCCGGGCGCCUCUGCAAGGAGGUGGAGCUGUUCCACUUUGACAUCGGUCCUUUUGAAAACAUGUGGCCUGGGAUUUUUGUCUACAUGAUCCAUCGUUCCUGUGGGACGUCCUGCUUUGACCUUGAGAAGCUGUGCCGCUUCAUCAUGUCCGUGAAGAAGAACUACCGGCGGGUGCCCUACCACAACUGGAAGCAUGCGGUGACCGUGGCGCACUGCAUGUACGCCAUCCUGCAGAACAACCUGGGGCUCUUCUCCGACCUGGAGCGCAAAGGACUGCUGAUCGCGUGUCUGUGCCACGACCUGGACCACAGGGGCUUCAGCAACAGCUACCUGCAGAAGUUCGACCACCCGCUGGCCGCGCUCUACUCCACGUCCACCAUGGAGCAGCACCACUUCUCCCAGACCGUGUCCAUCCUGCAGCUGGAAGGGCACAACAUCUUCUCCACGCUGAGCUCCAGCGAGUACGAGCAGGUGCUGGAGAUCAUCCGCAAAGCCAUCAUCGCCACGGACCUCGCCCUCUACUUCGGCAACAGGAAGCAGCUGGAGGAGAUGCACCAGACGGGCUCGCUGAACCUCAACAACCAGUCCCACAGAGACCGCGUCAUUGGCUUGAUGAUGACGGCCUGUGACCUUUGUUCUGUGACAAAACUGUGGCCAGUUACGAAGUUGACGGCCAAUGACAUUUACGCAGAAUUCUGGGCUGAGGGCGACGAGAUGAAGAAGCUGGGGAUCCAGCCCAUUCCCAUGAUGGACCGGGACAAGAGGGAUGAGGUCCCGCAAGGCCAGCUUGGCUUCUACAACGCGGUGGCCAUCCCCUGCUACACCACCCUCACCCGGAUCUUCCCGCCCACGGAGCCGCUCCUCAAGGCCUGCAGGAACAACCUCAGCCAGUGGGAGAAGGUGAUCCGCGGGGAGGAGAACCCAGCCUGGGCCCCGUCCCAGCCGGUGGCCCCGUCCCAGCCCGUGGCCCCCGGCCCCUCGGAGAAGCUGCCCGUGAAGAUGGACGACUGAUAGCCCGGAGCUGCCCCACCCACAGACGCUCGUCUCGCUGCUUGGACUUUUCUACCUUUUAUUUUUGUGGGAAACCUACACCUGGCGACAGGGAUGCCAGCCUGGUGCAGAAGGUACCAUCACGUGACUCUGCCCGCAGCUGACUCCUGCCAGGCUCACCCUCAGCGUCGCAGACAGCGACCUGCAGGACACGGGCCAGCGAGCCGGCCUGGCCCCCCGGGCUGACGUGGCUGAGCCGUCCUGGGGACGCAGACGUUCUCCGCCGGGUGCUUUGCCCAGAGCUGGUCUUUCUAGUGCGGGUUGGAAGCGGUUCUGACGCUAGUGUACUUUGGCUCUCACACAAUGUCGCUCCCUGUUGUUGGCUAUAAAUAGGAGUUUUACGCAUUCCAUCGUGGGUGUUCGUGUGUGGCCUGCCUGUGAUGGGCGUGGGCGCAGCAGGCAGCCGCAAGACAGAGGCCACCGAGGUUCCGUGGACGGUCUGUCUGCAUCGGCGAGGGAGGAGGGCGCUCAUCGCAGAGCUCCGUGGACGGAGUGCGGGCUCUGGAGUGCGCGCUCUGCAAGCCCUGCAGGCAGGAGGCAGCCUUCUCUCCUGGGGAAGAGCCGCGAGGAUGAGAGCAGGCGUCUGGUCCCAUGCAGGGGGUGCAAAGGGUAUUAAAUGGUUUCAUUGCGGUCUUGGCACAGUCACUCAUUGUUUUACAAGGAGAACGAAAUAAAAGCAAGGCAUACGCAUUUUUUUAACAGAAAGGUUUUACUGGCUGUAAAAUGUGAAUUUUGAAUAAUGAUUUCUUUAUAGUUUCACUUUGUGUCAUGGCAGAAUUUUAGGUCCACAUUCACAAUGAAGGGUUUCUUCUUCAGAUCAUUUCAUUACCAUUCAUUUCUCCCAAAAUCAAAUUAAACCUUGAACUUGAAUCUUCUCUAAGUUUCCUUCCACCUGCUGCUUCAGCGCUCAGGUCUCAGCCUCCUGCUGCCCUUGUCCUGCCUCCGCUGCCUGUCAGGACGGGAAAGAGUGGAGCCAGAGCGAGGGCCGGGGCAGAUGUCUUUUAAAAAAAAUAUUUUUAUUGAUUUCAGAGAGAGAGAGAGAGAGAGAGAGAAACAUCAGUGAGGAGAGAGAAUCACUGGUUGGCUGCCUCCUGCACGCCCCACACUGGGGAUCGAGCCUGCAACCUGGGCACGUGCCCUGAAUAGGAAUGGAACCGUGACCUCCUGGUUCAUAGGUCGACGCUCAGCCACUGAGCCACCCGGCCGGGCUGGAGCUGACUCCUGUCUUCUCUGCUCAGCACCCAGCAUCCGUGGAGACCUGUGGUGCGAGCUCCUUCUGUAUGAGCGCUGCGGUCUCACGUUACACCAUAAUGUAAACGUCUGUGAAAAACACACAAAAGUUACAGCCUGGACCCUCCUGCUGGGAUGACAAGCCCAGAAGUUUUUCUCUGGGGCCGUGGAUGCUGCGUGGUUUUCAGCACACGGACAGUGUCGGGUCGGAACCUGUGACUGGGCAGUCCUGACCUGAAGGAAUUAGCUAGAGGCUCACAGUGUGAGAGGCUGGUCCAUGACAAAUAGCGAGUCCUCUGUUCAGGGCAGGAAGCUGGAAUGCCGCCUUCACUAAAAUAAGUUUUUGAAGUAUUCUUCUACACACUCCAUACUGUGCGCAUGGUGGUUCCUGUGAGCUUGGUUCUUGCAAAAAUGAAUCUGUUCUUUCCACAGAAUGGUUUAUUUACAUGGGGUAGAGAGCUGUGUAUAAACACUGUUCUCUUAAAAUUAACACUGUGUGUUCAAUUUCCUCACGGGGGGGCUUCUGGCGUGGCCGCCUCCCUCCACGGAGCCCCGCCUGCUGUUGUAAUUAUACAAUAUGAGGCAGAGGGAGACAGCCAGAGAGAAACGCCACUCUGGCUCGAUACCAGAUGUAUGUAGCUUUACACUCAUGUACGUAUGUAGAUACACACUUGUAUGUAGACACGUGUGCGAGCGAGAGAGAAGCAAACACAGAAAAAUAAAACAGCCACAUUCUUCGAAGACUGAUCUUUCUCCGUUGAAACUGUCCUUUGCUGAAGAGCUUCCUGGAGCGGCCUUGCCUUUGAGUGUUCGUGGAAGUGAAUUGAACAGCGUCUCUGUUUUCUGGCCUCCACAUUCCGAGCCUCCCCCACCGGCUCCACGGCAGCCAUGACAGUGGGUUUUGUCAUGUGAUGAAUGUGGAGGCCCACUUGCACGGGGUGACGAUCACUUCAGGUUGCUGUCUGAUUAGAUGCGGUGAAAGGAGGCACGGGUUCUGCUGUGGGGACGCUCCUGUGGCCGGCGUGCGUGUCCGGGUGCCGUGCUGACAGGUGACCACCGGACGUCCUCUUCCUGGACACCGCAGGCCCAUGACGUGGUCUCUCCACAGCUUCCCAAAGAAAUGCGUGCGGCUGUAGGGGUGAAACUGCCGUGAGCUGUUGUCAGAGUAGAAACCAAGUGUGAGCGAAGGGCUUGGUCUGAUGUGAACGCGUGAUGCUGCCUCCCCCACGGGUGAGACCUACUGCGAUCACAGAUUUGCCGAGAGUGAAGGUUCCAGGGUGAAGUCAUAUCUAGUUACUAAUCCGGUUUUGAAAAGAAACAGAGUUGGGAGUGUUUUUUCUAUGUUGGCAGAUCUAUAGGGUGCCCCAGAACAACGUCUACACGCACUUGGAGUGAUUAUAAAGGCAGCGUUUAUUAACAUCCAUUUUAAAAAUCCAGCUACCAGCUGUUAAAGUGCGGGUACAUAUUUUUUGGGGAGGGAGGUCACCCUGCAUUUAGCAGACAAGCUUUAGAGUUCUGUUCUAAUCUUUUCCCCAAAUCCUGUUUUAAAAGGGAAGCUGGUUUUUAUCACUGAAAGUUUUGACGAGUUUCUCAUUAAGGCGAUAAUUUAUUCUGAGCCAAAUUUCCCUGUUCGGUAGGAAUUGGGUGACAGCUGUGAGGAGAGGGAGAAUGCUCGGUUCGCAGGCGUGGUCCUGGCGGUGCUGAUUCACACGGACAGUUCUGCUGUCAGGUGCCGUUGUCCCGUGACCCGCCAGCGCCGGGGAUGUUUGCUGAUGGAACCGGGCUGUGGGGUCCGUUGUAAAAGUGCCCCUUAGUGCUUAGUAGUGGGCGGUGGCUCAUUAAUUAGGAAACUUCGAAGAGAUGCAUUGGCUUUGCAAAGUGAUUCUCUAAAGCGGCCCCUUUCCUGGGCAGGGAUGGGCGCGUUCCCCAGGCCUUUUAUCUAAGAAGCGGUUGGAACCUCGUUCUCUCAUUCCCAACCCUGCCCCCUCCUCCCCCCAGGCGGAGUGCCUGUGCCCGUGACCACGGUCCCCUGAGGGGCUGUCCCAGCAGCGCAGGCAGCGCGUUGGAAACGCCCCUCCGUGUAGGUUUCCUCCUGCAUGCUUCUUAGUUUGUUUUUUAAUUUCAUGCAACCGAUCUCAGUGAAUUUUGCUUUCUUGGAAUGUUCAUGUACACAAGGCCUAUGGCGACAUCAAUCCUUAGCUACCUGGAUAUUUUUAAUAUGUUUAGUUUUCAGUAUUAUCUUCUAGUCUAUGAACUCAAAGUAAAUGUUUGAGCUUUAAAUAGGACUAAAUUAUUCACCAUGCCUUGGUCCCUACCAUUUUUUUAAUACCGUAAUUUUUUUUACAUGCAUUUAUUUUGUUUUUCUUAACUGCAAUCGAAGGCAUGUAAAGGGCCGCAUCCAUGGCUAACCUUGUUAAGUUGAAUGGCUAGAACCAUUCUCUCCUCACUGAUUUCUGCCUUUUAUUCGAUUUUACUCGCAUACACCCUGGCGACUGCCGCCCCAGUGAGCUGUGCACCCCUGUUUGCAGCUCCCAAGCACUGUGCCUCUGACUGUGAUGUGUGCUGUGACUUUGUUGGGUUCCAGGCACAUAUGCAUGAUCUGGACUUGAAAAGCUCUUCUAUCUUUGCAUAUUUCCAACAUGCUUUCUACACUUUGCUGAGUUAGCGUUUAAUUCUUUAAAGACAUUAAUUUAAAGUCACAUGAGUGUAUGCCUUCUAUUGCGAGUAUUAGCCUGCCUUUUCAAUCACUGUACAAUGUACCUCGGCCGGGGCCCUGUCGGUCCCUCCCUGGGCCUGUCAGGUGGGUCUAGGUUCACGUUGCUAAGUCCCUGUCUGGAUCCACGUUUCGCCAAUUGCUUUAAAGUCUCCUCCUAAGUUUGAAUUCGAGAUGCUCAAUCCACCACACUUUUCCUUCCUUUUUCAGUUGGACAUUUUGGUUGUGUGAAGCAUUCGUUAGAUGCGUUUCUGUGAUAAAAAUAGCAAAAAAGAAAGACAAAGGUUUCCAUGCUGUUCUGGUUUUAAAUUGUUAGAAGAUGGAACCAAGAGAAAGACAUGGAUGUUUCCCAAGCAGCCUUCCCCCUCCACCCGAUACUCAGCUUCCCACCUGCACCCUCAGCGCAAAGCCGUGCGCGGGAGGCGACCGUGACCUCACUCUACUGCCAGCGGGUGUGGCUGACAGCCCAGCGCAGGCCGGCCGCUCCCCCGACACAGGCCAGGCCUCCAGGCCCUCGGAGAGACUCGGCCGGGUCCAGGCGGCAGAGCAGAGAAGUCAGUUUUCAGCUGAUGUUUGUGAGGGGCUGUGUGUUUGCAGAAGUUUAAGCGGACAGUUGAUUGCUAUUGUCAGUCAAGUGGUAAGGGUGUGUUCUCCAGGACUCCAGCCCACCCACGUGCCGUGAGUGACGGCACGGCAGUCCUCUGCCGCCUCUCCGAUAGCCUGCCUGGGCGGCACGGGGGGCACGGUGUGUGUUCUGCGAGCGCGGUUUUGGAGGCGUGGCUGCACAAGGCCCCGACCCGUUUCCGAGGACGCGCUGCCCCAAACACUGUGAACAGUGGCCACCAUUGGAAGAAAUGCAGCAUUUUGGAUCUUUCUGAAAAGGAAAGGUGACUUUCCUUACAAGUCCUAGGUCCCCACCUCGCUGAGAGCCUGGGCUGACCACACCGUGGAGCGCAGUGCCGUUACACCGACCGCGCGACCCCACCCGUGGAUCUGUGCCGAGGCCGGCGGCUGUCUUUAGGAGGAGAAGGAAUUUCAGGGGAACUAUAUCCAACCGCUUGUGGUUGAGUAAAUUUCCCAACAUCAUUCUGUACGUGUCACGGAAUCUUUGUAAAACGCGCAAGUGCAAUAACCCGAUGGGGCCCGGCCUCUGCAUUUGUAAUGACACGUGCUGUCCACGUGUGCACCUUCACGUGCUCACCUGCAGUCGUUGUGUGUAAGAGAACCCGCUCCUGUCACGAUCGUACGAUGAACAGCAGCCGUGUAUUAUAACCCGAGGCGAGUUGUGCGUAAACUCGGCAUCCCAGCCGCCGGCACGCGCACAUGUAUGCGGUGCCACGUGCAGAGCCCACCUUCGUCCCACAGCACACGCUCGGGAGCAGCGAGAAGUUCUGUCGACAGGUAACUGUACAUACGAAGUAUAUAUAUGUAUGAUACAUGGACUAUAUUCAGAGCUGUUCAUACUUUUAAUGGAAACCCUUCAGUGUGAAUAAUUGAAUACAGUUUUUAAACACCUC